UAAAUGCAGACCCACUCCCAGCUUAUAUAAGGCUAGCAUACAAGACUAUAAAUAUAUUCCAUCUCAACAAGGGAGUGCGUAGAAAGGAGUUAUUCAGUAUGUGUUCUCUACAAGUGAUCCUUGCUUCAGCUCUCUGCUAUGCAUUCCUCCUUCCUGGUGAGUGUAUCACAGGAGGGAAGGAAUCUACACCACACUCCCGUCCCUAUAUGGCCUCACUGCAGCUGGAAGGCAAACACAACUGUGGUGGAUUUCUGAUCUCUCGUGAGUGGGUUAUGAGUGCCGCACACUGCUUUCAGGACAGCAGUAAUUAUAAGAUUGUGUUGGGCGCUCAUUCCCUAUCCCAGGAAGAGGACACGAAACAAACGUUUGAUGUGGCUGCUGUCUAUAAUCAUCCCGAUUUCAACAUUAAUAACUAUGAUAAUGAUAUUGCACUGGUUAAGCUAAGUCAGUCAGUCACAGAGACUGAUGCAGUGAAGCCUGUGAAGUUCCAGAGAUCAGGAGGGAGUGAUCCUGGUACAGAUGCGUCUGUGGAAACUGCAGGGUGGGGCAAAUUAGACAAUCUUGGCAACCGGCCAGAUAAACUGCAUGAAGUGACUGUUGCUGUUAUAAAGAGACGUACCUGUGGUCGCAGUAACUCCUAUGGGGAAUCAUUUACAACAAAUAUGCUCUGUGCUGGAAAACAACUCAAGGACACCUGCGAUGGUGAUUCUGGUGGUCCUUUGCUCUAUAAUGGCAUUGCUGUGGGAAUAACCUCAAAUGGAGGGAGGAGUUGUGGUUCCACCAGGAAGCCUGGACUCUACACCAUAAUAUCACAUUAUGAUGACUGGAUCACCAGCACUAUGUCCCAGUAACCUGUCAGCGGUUCGACUGACAAAUUGACCAUAUUAUUGCUUGUUCUAUCACAUCAUAUUUGAGGCAGAUUAAAUGAAAUCUUUAUUGUCACACUGUACACAGAGGUUAGUCACCACUUUCGGUCUUUCAUGUUGUGACAGGUUACUUGCUAUAGCUCACCAUUAUACGAAAUAUAGCUUUUUUUAUUGUUCUUUGUGAACGGUAAUAUUUUAUUAUGAUGUAUAAGUAUAAUAGGUUUGUUCAGAUUUUAUACCAGAAUUUAAAAUUCACAGGUUAUCAUAACUCUAACAUACAUAUAGGUUUUCUUCAUUUUUGUAGUUACUCUUUUUCUUUCAUGCUAAUGGGGUGUAUUAUCUUGUAUUCUGGUUUUAAAAAUGAGUUCUGUAAAAAUACUUUUUUUUUUAAGUCUGCCAAAUAAAUAAAGAAAUAGGCAAAUACUAAAAGGAUAACUACAUGGAUAAGUGCAGCAAUGUAAGGAAAUGGUUUAAUACAUAGUGAAAUAUACAAUAAUAUUAAAUAAUCUGGUCAUUUUUAACUAUUUAAACUUUAAAAUAACCAUUAAAAUGUAUUUCCGUGAUGUCAGUAAAUAUAUAUAUAUAUAUAUAUAUAUAUAUAUAUAUAUAUAUAUAUAUAUAUAUAUAUAUAUAGGGAAUGCAGCCUAAAAUGAUCAUCAGGUGUGAAAUGACUUUAAUCUGUUUUGUCUGCCAAAUUAAUUAUUACAACACAUACAUGAUCCGGGUUUUCAGUGAGUAGGCCUGUAAGUUACUACCAGUUUGAGGUAAAAUUAAUGAACAGUAUUCUAAAUUAUUUAGUAUAUAAAUUCAGGACCCAUUCCAAACCCAUUAGUCUUGUUGAACAGGUGAUUAAAUCAUUGUUAAAAAAGUGAUUGUCUAUUAACCUUUUGGCCUAAUGUAUGUGACACACUGGGAAAAGCGCCCAACGUUGUACUCAACGUUUGGCCCAACCCAUGGGAUAUAGCUACCAUACACUAGCUACUAUAGCCCCAUUGCCCAAGUGGUUGUGUUUAUUACUCUAUUAGCCUGGAGAAAUAUUUUUCUUAAAUGGAGUUGUACCACUUCCCCUACUCACAAUAAAUGGAUACAAGCUAUAUUUUUCUACAUUCAUUUGGAGAAAUUAUGUUUUAUGCAGCAAACCUGGGAUCCUUUCUCUGCCUGCUCUGUCCCUCUGAUUCAGACUCAUAUGAUAAAUAAGAAAUGUCUCCUUUAGAACAUCACUGAAUGCUAUUCAUGACAGAAUAUUGUACAUCUGUGGUUUUUUUCUGUGUUGGGACGGUAAAGGUUUUGCGUUUGAUGUGUCCUGUCCUGUUAAAAUUGCAAGAAAAAUAUAGACAAAUAAAAAUGUGAUUAUCUAAAUACAA